AUGUUGACUUUUGACGAGGCGUUGAAUUUCUCGACCAUCUUGUCCGCUCUGGCUUGUCUGUCUGCUGGUGUCAUAACCUUGUUGCUCUUACUUCCCUACUUCAUCGACCAGCUUCAGCUUCGAGAGUAUCCUGGAGCGCUCCUCGCAAAGUUCACUUCGGGAUGGAUUUCUUGGAUUAUAAGUCGCAACCAGUGGUCGGAGACUGUAGAUCGUCUGCAUGUCCAGCAUGGCUCAUUUGUUCGCCUCGCCCCCAACCAUGUCUCUGUUUCCGGUCCCUCUGCCUUCGAGGCCAUCUACGGCCAUCCUUCCAGCGCAGCAAAGGCGCCUUUCUAUGACAUCUUCAGUGCUGGUGGGGCCGCGAAUAUCUUCACCACACGCGAUCGUGCAGAACAUGCACGCAAGCGACGUGUCGAGGCGCAUAUGUUCUCACCUCAGAGUAUACGAACCCUUGAGAGUACUGUGAGCGUGCACUUCCAUGCCCUGGUGGAUCAAUGGGAUGCUCUGUGCGCACAUAUACAGAAGGCUGGCAGCGGAGGUGCAGAGGGCAUCAUCGGAUCAGUCUCGUGGAAGGUCCACGAGAGCAGAGUAUGGUUUGAUUGCAUGCCUUGGUUCAUGUUUUGGUCUUUUGAUAGCAUUGCCGAUCUCUCAUUCGGACGACCCUUUGGCAUGCUUGUAUCAGCAAAAGAUGUUGUUCGCAUCCCCAAGUCGAAUGCGAGCGGCAUUCAAGCCAUCGCUGAAGCGGCCUCCCAUUCAAAGAAGACGGAGCUGGAAAUGGUGGAGGUCCCCUUGAUUGAGGUGCUCGUGAAACGUGGAAAGACCAUUGCUGCUCUCGCAUAUCUCCCAGCAUGGGCUCAGCCUAUCAUCGGCCGUCUUCCUGGGUUUCGCGAGGGAUAUGGCGCUAUACCGAAGCUAAAUGGCAUAGCUAUCGCGGCUGUUGCCGACCGACUUCGGUCUCCAAACGGACGUGCAGACAUGCUCACGAAGCUCUUGGAAGGAAGAGACGGGGAGGGGUAUCGUUAUGGACCUCAAGAGUUGAGUGCGGAAGCAAAAACACUAAUCGCUGCCGGCGGAGACACGACCGCCAGGUCAGCUAGUGUGCUACCUUUAGACGCGGCGCUCGACGGGACAGGCUCCGAGAUAGCACCUUACGGCGCAGUGAAGGUCUUGCCGUAUCUCGAAGCUGUAGUCAACGAAGGUCUCCGCCUGCACUCGGGUGUCGGCGCUGGUCUGCCACGCGUCGUGCCUGCUGGUGGUAUGACGAUCCUCGGACACCACCUGAUGGAAGGGACGGUGGUGAGCUCGCCGAUAUACACUCUGCACAGGAGCAAAGCGGUUUGGGGUGCGAACGCAGACGAGUUCUACCCCGAGAGAUGGAUCGACGCCUCGGCGGACACGAAGAAAGAGAUGAUGAGCUCUUUCGCACCUUUCUCAAUUGGCCUGAGGGCAUGUAUUGGGCGCAACCUUGCCAUGCAGCAACUGCAGAUCGUGACGGCGACAAUAUUUCGCAGGUAUAGCAUCGUCCUGCAAGAUGACGCUCCUCUCGAGAUACAAGACAGUUUUGGACGUAAACCGAAGAAAUGCAUAAUAGGCGUGAAGCGGCGUGACUUGAAGGUUUUAUGA